AUACAAUCGGUUGUCAACUGUCAUAAAGUAUGUUUCAAAAAAUAAAAAUGGCUACUAAUAAAUUUCUGUUCGAUUGAACUUUGAAAGCACAAUAUUCAUUUAAGGAUUUAAUUCUUAAGUCUUUUUAUAAAAUAUUGGUGUAAAAGUAAUUAAAAGUUAACGAUGGCUGAUGCUGCGGUGGAAACUCGACCCUCGGUUCGCUAUUUUUGCCAUAGAUGUAACAUUUAUAUGUUUGAAGAUAUUGUGGAGAACUACACAUGUCCAUUUUGUGAAAGUGGAUUUCUUGAGAAGCUUGAAAAUGGAGCAGAUAGACCUUCACAGCAGGGUCAGACAUUCAGUGAUGCCAACAUGAGCAACACCAAUGGUACCAAUAAUAGGGGCAAUAUUCAUCGCCGAGGAUUUACAUUGAAUAAUGUGCCCAACAUACUACAAGAUGUGGUGUUCCUGAUGUCAGGGAAUCGGUUAAGUGAAGCGACUAGACAUCGUCUUCGGAACGAGGUGCGUUCGUCAAUGUUGAGUCGUCGCUUCGGCAAUCGACCACCAGGAGCCAGGACUUUGGGCUUUCUGAGAUCACCAGGGGAUUAUGUGUUUGGAGGAGAAGCUUUGGAUGCAGUGGUGACCCAGCUCAUGGGUCAGCUUGAUUACUCAGGUGCUCCACCAAUGCCUAGAGAUAUCCUCAAUGCCAUCCCCAGUGAACCUGUCACCGAGGAACAGGCAGCCGCCAACAUGCCUUGUUCUGUUUGCUGGGAAAACUUCCUGUUAGGUGAAAUGGUUUCCCGCCUAGAGUGUGAGCACAUAUUCCACUCGAACUGCAUAAACCCGUGGCUAGAACUUCACGCCACAUGCCCCGUGUGCCGGUGCUCUCUACUCCCGGCCAAUUACCGCCCAGAGCCACGGGCGCCUGCUCCCGCAUCCGACGGCUCCACCACCACCACCUCCAGUUCUACCACCACUACCAACACAACUCACACUCGUCCGCCACGACAUCUGACCUUUAUAUCCCCUCGCGUAGUAAUCCAUCGUUCGACACACCCGAUGUUUCGUCGGGGGUUCCACACCCGCACCUGGGAUUCCCCACGCGAUAUGAGCACUUCUUCAGAUUCCAGUGCUUCUGUGACUUCAGAUGGUCGCUGGGCACCUCAGACCCAGUCUGAUACCAGCACGGACUCUUCGUCGUCCGUUAACAGAACGCAAAAUUACCACACCGAUUUCGACUGCGAUUAAGAGUACACAUUACCUGUUUUAAUGUUAAUAAAUACGUUUUGACAGGUGUCUUACUUGGCACUUAGAUUUACUCUUGACAGUCUAAUGACAUUGACGUUUGCUUAUGGAACACCAAACAUUUUAGUAAUUUGUAAAAACAGUCUUGUGUUCUUCUUCUACAUUUCAUAAUUGUUUUUCAAAAUGGCACUUGUUAAGACUUGUGAGAAAUGUAUUUCAAGUUGUGUGAUUCACCUGUCAAUGCGAAUAUAACCUUUAAUUUAUUAAACCCAUAGGCUAUACUAAAAACAUCACAAUCAGAGACAAUAGUUAUAGGAUUUACUUUUGUCUCAUUCUCUAAUGUCUAUGACUUUCUGGGUUCUAGUAUUUUUGCCAUUAUAUGUAUGUGUGACCACAAUAUAUCAUUCAAUGAAUGUUACAUAAAUGUAUUGUGCUUUUAAAAAUUUCCCUUAAAUUUCUUUAAAGCGAACUAUUUAAUUGUUAAAACAUUUUGUUAUGCAUGACUUUAAAUUAAUAUUUAUCCAUAUACAUUUUCUUAAAGUCUAAUAAUGAAUUCUUUGAAUGAAAAAUUUAUAGUGAAAUACGACCUAAUUCAUAUUUUAAUUUUAUGUAUUUUAAAUGUAAAUAUGUAUUUAUAAGAAAUAUUAGAUCAUAAACUUAAAGUUUUCUGAUAUUCUAUAAUGGAUUGUUUAUAGCUCGGUUUUUAGUUUUUUUAAGGGUUUUAUUUUGUAAAGGUAAACCAAUACAUGAUGUAUGGCAACACUUGUUUGUCACACCGUUAUUUAUUUCCGGAGAUAUGUUGCCAGAAUAAUUACCAAAUUACUGACCACAGAAAGGUUCUAUAUUAAGUUCCUAUAUUCUUUUGAAAAUAUUAUGUUUUUCAAUUUGUAGAUAUACCUAUUCCUGAUUAAAAACAUAUAAGUGAGGUGCCGUUUUAUUAACUUGAAUGUUGGGAUGAAAGAAUUUAAUGCAUUUCAAAUUUUAGUUCUAGAUGUAAGUUUAUGCCAAAGACUGAUAGAGGUAAAAUUUGAAAUUGUAUUUUUAGGUGUCUAAAGGUCUACUUACUUUUAAAGAAAAUAUAGAAAUUUCAGCCCAAAAAUAAAUAGUUUUGGGCUGAAAUAUUGUUGCUUUUUUAUAUAGACAUGGAAAAUGUUUUAUAGUUAAUUUUUGGAAAUUGGAUAUAAUUCAGACGAUGUAUCUAACAAUAUAUACAAAGGUUAUUUACUUGCAUGUUAUAUUCAUAACCAUAUGUAUACCUACAGACUAUUGCUAUUUCAUUUAUAUGUAAAAUAGAUAAAUACAUGCAAUGUAAAUUAAUACGUAGUUCGAAUAAAAUACUGGUUUUAUUUUUAGCAUCUAGUUAACCAUAAUACUGUAUUAAUGUCAUAUGUAAAGCAAUGUAUUACAUGGAAAGGAGAUAACUGCUAUAUGCAGUGUAGCCACUAAUAAAUGUCUCAUUUUAUUCCAUGCUCAUCAAGUGUUUGUAAAAAAUUGAUUGUAAUUUCAAGUGGAAAUGUCAAAAAUGGAAUGUGUUUUUAAAAAUAAAUGCGCAACGAUGGGUUGUUUUGUUUAUU